CAACAUCGACUCUCUGCUUUUCCUCCCUCUUUUCCUUCCUCUUAUCCCUCUUCCUUAACCAUUUCCCUUAUUCAUCGACUUUCUGCUCCGUUCCUCCCUCCCAUGAGGGAUUAUCUCCUCGACUCUUUCUUCUAAACUGUUCAUGGAUACUCGAGCUACUCGUUUGCAGCGACAGGCUGCACUACGGAGUAAAUAUGAGGCAGCAGCACAGGGCAUCCUCGAGGCAAUCUCAAGUGAGCCCAAGAAGUUCUUCUCCCCAGCUGACCUGGCCAACCUCGGAGUCCAUCUAUUGCCUUUUGAUCCUCUUAGUGAAGAAUUCAUACAGUCUAGAAAAUGUCUGUUUCAGCCUCUCUCAACAGACUUUCUCGCAGAGUUUUUCAUUGAGGAUUCAGAGCUCAUGGAUUCUGAUCGUAAGGCCUUACAGUUGCUUGAGCCCGCCUCGCCCCCUGAUGAUCUCUCAUCUCUACUCCAUGCAGCUAGGGAGAUCUUUCUGCUUCUUGAGACAACAUAUUCCCAUCUAAAAAGGAAAAAACCUAAAGCCUAUCUGUUUGAGCUGGUGGACUGGGAAUUCAUCGCGUGUGACGACGACUUUCACGAGGCGAACGGCUUUUACCCUUAUAAAAAUCAUUUGGGCAUCCCCCUCUGGUCAUAUCUAGAUAUGAUGCAGCACUGCACCACAAAGCGUGGCAAAACCAUAAUUCGACCACAUCUCCAACUUGUCAUGGGUAAUGAUGCUGUUGUGAAGGAAAGUGGACUUCUGAUGGGGGAGCUUGGCCCAAUUGUCCAGGGAAUCCUAGCUCGCAUAAAUCAACCUUGCUUUAAGAACACAUCACUCAUUCCAGUCCAAAUCUUCUCCUUCUUCGGGCCUCUCGAUGGCCGCAUCCUCCAGGCCAGGUUCUAUCCCUCUGGUCAGCUGGUUAUUCGUGCCUCUGGCAUCUACCACUUUACAAGUGAGAAUCAGGAAUACCUUGCUAGCCUUUUUUUGCGCUAUAGGUUUUCUGAGCCUCGCGUCGGUGACGGGUAUGAGUUUGAUGUUUUUGAUGUUGCCGAGGAGUCCCCGGCAGGUUUCCCAGAUUCCGGAGAAAAAAACCCACUAGGAAGUCUGGUGCUUCGCCCGGCUUCUACUUCUAGUACUGGCAAGGAGAAUGUCGCUUUGUAGCAGCAUAAAAUUGACAUCUAUUGAUAUUAAUACAUGCCUGGACA